GUAAUUGAACGUGCGCACGCGCCGUCACGCGAGGGCGCUGUUGCGCGCGAAAUUACGACUUGGUUAAUGGUCCUUGGGCGAAAGGAGAGAACGUCGUACGAGCGUACCGAUUGAAAUGUGUGAAAUACCAAUUGUACGUUGAAAAUCUCUCGGCUGACUUUACAUCGAGAAGCAUAUUUUCUCUUUCGUCGAUUGCCUAUAUCGCAGUGUAAAAUAUAUUUUCGUCAUCGAAGCACAUCAAACUAAAUUGAGUAUGGAAAGUAUGAAUAUAGGAAUACGACAAGUUUAUUAUUACAUAAUAGAAAAUGCAUCUUUUAAUGCAGCGUUUAUGCAUAUAUUUUGUUGAGAAUAUACCUCGUACCUAUAUAAAAUUAUCGUUUUUAAUGAUAAACAUGCAUUAAAAUACGUAAGUAAUAAUUUUGAUCGUACAACCGGUUAAUAGAUCGAUGUUAAGGUUACCAUAGUAAUAUAUGUAGUACUGUGCGAAGAUUUUUGUGAGGCAAAUAGUUGCAUCGUCAAAGAUGUGGGUCUGCCCAAACAAUUUCGAAUACGUUAUAAAGAAACCAGAACAACAAAAAAUAUGUUUCGGUUCCGGACAGCCACGCGAUACCUCGAAGAAGGGCAUGAGUCCUUUCAUGCGAUGCUGUACCUUGGAAGAUUAUCCCAAUAUAGGGCCUGGCUCUUACAAUAUCUUGGAAUCAUUUAACACUAUUAAAACUAAGCCAUGCUCUCAUAGCAUCAGUAAAAAGGGCUACAGUGGCCUCGCUCGAUUCAGUGGUACUGCUAAGCCCGUUGCCCACGUAGAGGAUUCGCCAUCGCCGUCCGAUUACAACGUCCCUUCUUUCCCUAAAUUCGUCAAAUCACAGAGAUAUCCGUUUGCAUCUACCGCCGAGAGAAGGAUCUUCGAUGGCAACAAAAAUCCAGGGCCCGGCAUGUACGUCAAGAGGAAGAUGUGGCCGGAGAAAGGGGAAAUUAGGUUCGAGCACAGUUUCGGGGGUAGAGCGAAGAUGCAACUCGGCGUCUAUCUCAAAUGUUGCAGUCGUAACACGGACACCUGCAAGAUAUGUGGCAAAAAGCCAAUGGGAGAUUACUGGCAUUUGAAUAAUAAAAUCUUCUUGUGCAGGACGUGUAUGACGAAGGAGUUUCAGCAACAAGUGAAAUUUAAGAGGCAGGAGCUCGCGCUGUUUCACAAAAUAAGAGAUUGCUCGACUAUUCAUAUUCACGAAGGUACUGAUGCAAAGGUGUGGCUGAUGCAUCCCGCUCUGGUUAAACAGUGGACGAGAAGAGAAACGUACCUCUCGGCUUACUUAAAAGAUUAAAGAAAGUAUUGCGAUCAAUUGUUCGUACUCUAGAUUCUCAAAUUUACCCGAAUUUUCUCCGUAAUUAUUAUUUAUCUGUCAAAUAUGGAGAUAUUUAUACAUAGAUUCGAUUUAUUUCAUUCUUAAUUAAUAUUUAUACAAUGCAUUUCGUAAAGCCAUGUAUCUAUUUGAGAACUAUGUACAAAGAUUAUAUAAAAAUAUGCGCAUAUA